CGCGCUUUGUCAUGGGAUCUGUGUGCUUGGGAACGUUGCUUUUCAUUUUGGCUGUGUUCGGGGCUUGGGCCGGGACGCCGAAUGAGGAUGAUGAUGACUUAGAACGCUUGCCCAGCAAAUGCGAAGUCUGUAAGUUACUGAGCCUGGAGCUACAGGAGGAGCUCAGCCGCACUGGCCGCUCUCGAGAGGUGCUGGAGCUGGGGCAGGUGCUGGACACAGGCAAGAGGAAGAGACAUGUCCCUUACAGCAUAUCGGAGACAAGACUGGAAGAGGCCUUGGAAAAUUUGUGUGAGCGGAUCCUGGAUUACAGCGUCCAUGCUGAGAACAAGGGCUCCCUGAGAUACGCCAAGGGCCAGAGUCAGACCAUGGCAACGCUGAAAGGCCUGGUUCAGAAGGGGGUGAAGGUGGACCUGGGAAUCCCCCUGGAACUAUGGGAUGAGCCCAGUGUGGAGGUCACGUUCCUCAAGAAGCAGUGUGAAAUGAUGCUGGAGGAGUUUGAAGACAUUGUGGGAGACUGGUACUUCCACCACCAGGAGCAGCCUCUGCAGCAUUUUCUCUGUAAAGAUCAUGUGCUCUCAGCUGCAGAAACUGCUUGUCUAGAGGAAAGUUGGACUGGAAAGGAGAAGAUCACAGAUGGACAAGAGAUAACAGAAGGGGAGGAGGAACACGAAGAGGAAGAAGAAGAGAGAACGAAGACACGAGGCCACCCCAAGCAUGACCCAGAGGAUCUUUGA